AGUCUGGUCAAAUUGGAUUGGAUGUCUAUCACUGUCAGUGGCCGUGAAUGAGUUAAUUAUUGUUUAUUCAAAAAGUCAAAAAUAUUCUGUUUAUCAUUUUUAGAGGUUUAUAUAUAAAGCACCUAAAGGGACCUCACCAGAAAUAAAAUAAUUUAAGCAAUCUGGUGCGCACUACAAACUAUCUGGUGAACAUUAGCAAUAUAGAGCAUUUAAGCUAGCGGACUUUUGCUAUGCCAGUUAGCCAAUAGUUGCAUUGUCGCAAUUGGCUAACUGGCAUAGCAAAAGUAAAGAUAGCAAAACUAGUACGUGAUCGGGUAAGCGUGUUAUCUCCAUGUGGGUCGACCCCUGAAAUUGCUUUCAAACAUAAGGGCUACCCGUUUAAAUCCUAGGAAUUAACCAGAGUUCAGGUAUGUGUGAAAGGGGCUAAUGAAGGCAAGGAGUAAAUUGUUCUACAAGUUGUUUUUUUCUGUUUGCAAGUAUUUUUUGUUUUUGUUAUACAGGUGUUUUUUCUUCACUAUGGGUUAAAAAUGACCAAUUACAAGUGCACAAGUUGUGUCACAUUCUUGUCGAGUUUUAUGAGCCAAAAAGUUACUUGUAGCCUAGUUUAAAAAAAUGUCUUUAAAUCCUUGUACAAUGACUAAUUUUAACAAAACUUUUAUUUCCAAAUUUUGUGUUGUGAAAUAAACAUGAAAAAAAAAACACAAUUUAAAACAAAAUUUCCACAAGUUGUUUUUUUCCGGUUGCAAGUGAUUUUUUUGUUCUACCGGUGUGUUUUUUCAUGUUUAUUUUACAAUUUAUUCCUUCGUGGUUUUUUUCAUGUUUAUGUUACAACUAGGGCUGUCAAAAUUAUCGCGUUAACGGGCGGUAAUUAAUUUUUUUCAUUAGUCACGUUAAAAUAUUUGACGCAAUUAACGCACAUGCCCGCUCAAACAGAUUAAAAUGACAGCAGUGUAAUGUCCGCUUGUUACUUUUUUGUUGUUGUUUGGCGCCCUCUGCUGGCGCUUGGGUCCAAAUGAUUUUAUGGGUUUGGGGAGUGAGCAUGGUGUAAUUAUUGACAUCAACAAUGGCGGGCGAGCUAGUUUAUUUUUUGAUUGAAAAUUUCACAAAUUUUAAUAAAACGAAAACACUUAAGAGGGGUUUUAAUAAAAAAUUUCUAUAACUUGUACUAACAUUUAUCUUUUAAGCACUACAAGUUUUUCUAUCCAUGGAUCACUUUAAGAGAAUGUUAAUAAUGUUAAUGUCACCUUGUUGAUUUAUUGUUAUGAUAAAGAAAUACAGUAUUGAUGUACAGUAUGUUGAAUGUAUAUAUCUGUCUUGUGUCUUAUCUUUUCAUUCCAACAAUAAUUUACAGAAAAAUAUGGCAUAUUUUAUAGAUGGUUUGAAUUGCGAUUAAUUAGGAUUAAUUAAUUUUUAAGCUGUAAUUAACUCGAUUAAAAUUUUUAAUCGUUUGACAGCCCUUACAACGCAAAAUUUGGAAGCACAAGUGUUUUUCUUUGUUAUACAAGUUAAAAUUUGUCAUUUUACAGGGAUAAUUUUCAUUUUCCAACUUCUUUUCAAUCAAUCAAUCAAUCAAUCAAAUUUAUUUAUAUAGCCCUUUACAAAACCCGAAAGUUCCUCAAAGUGCUUUACAACAAAACAUGGCACAAGAUAAAUAAAAGGCAGGAAAAUAUUAUACAAUGACAUUUAUUUUUUUAAAGUUCUUUUGGCACUAUUCUAUCUCCAUACAGUAUGUGUUUCAUUCCCAGCGACAAGAUUGUUGCUCUUACUCAUGCUGACCACAGGAUGGCGACAGUACGCCGCUUAAAUACGCUAACCCCAAUUAUUAGGCUGCAGUUGAUUUCGAUUUCACGUCCGAUAAUGUUUUUUUUUCCUGCAGAAAUGGCAGAAAGGUUUAGCUAGUGAUUGCAGUGGAUUUCACAAACCAAAACGCAUUUUGUGUUUUUCUCCCCGCAAGGGAGCGGAACCUUUGGCUUUGUCUUCCUGUUUUCCACACGGUCCCAUUUGUAUACCGCACGCCCGCCGCACUCCUGUGUUUCUCCCUUACCCGGCGACUUGACCUUCUUUAGUCGUUUUAUUUUUACUUUACGUCGCUUGGAAGCACUUCGUAGUUUUUCCCAGGUUCAAUGGCGGGAGGAGGCGGGAGUUGUUUGUUUAGCGGCUUCCGGCUCUUGGGACUUUACUGUAACCACGUGCCGCACGUGCUUCGUUACCACAGCAAACAUCGGGAGUUCUACCUGGUCACGUCAGUGGGGAAAUGUUUUCACACCUACAAUGUCAGUCGUUUGGGUAUCGUCGCCGUCAGUAAUGGCCUCCCCGAUGACAUCACGUGCUUGGCGGCGGACAGGAUGUUGGUGUUCGCCGCCGCUGGCUCGCUCGUCUACGCCUUGGCCAGGAACAAGGAGGUGGUUAUGUGUUACCGCGGGCACCAACGGGAAGUGCGCUCGCUCCUCCCUUUCGGCGAUCAACUCAUCUCUGCCGACGCUGGCGGCCUUGUCAUCGUGUGGGACGUGCGUAGCGGAGAGGUGUACCUGCAGCUAACUUUUGACCCCGCCACCUUCGACGUAUCGGCUAUGAUGCACCCCAGCACGUACCUCAACAAAAUCUUGUUGGCCAGUUCCCAAGGGCCCUUGCAGCUGUGGAACAUCAAGACCAGUAAGCUGUUGUACACUUUUGCGGGAUGGUCAGCAGGUGUCACUGUUCUGGCGCAGAGCCCGGCGGUGGACGUGGUGGGCGUGGGCACGGCGACGGGCCGCAUCGUCAUCCACAACAUCCGACUCGACGAGACGCUCAUGUCCUUCGCGCAGGACUGGGGGCCGAUCACCUCGCUGGCUUUCCGGACAGAUGGGCCGCCCACGCUGGCGGCGGGAAGCCCGCAAGGACACGUGACCCUGUGGGACCUGGAGCGACGGCGGGCGGCGGGCCAGCUCGCCGACGCCCACCGGACGGCGGUCAGCGUCGGCUUCGUGCACGGCCAGCCGCUCCUGGUCACCAACGCUGCCGACAACGCCGUCAAAGUGUGGAUCCUAGACGGGGAAGGAGGCGGAGCCAGGUUGCUGAGAAGCCGCCAGGGGCACGCCGCCCCACCCGCCGUCGUGCGGCACCACGGCGACGACGGCAAAAACAUCCUCAGCGCAGGCCAAGACGGAACACUGCAGUCGUUCUCCACCGUCCACGACAGACUCAACAAGAACCUCGGACACGGCUCCGUCAAUAAAAAGAAAGAGCAGAAGAAAAAGAAGGUGGGCUGGUCCUACGAGGAGCUGCGCCUGCCCGCGAUCACCACGUUCGCUUCGGCCACGGCCCGCCAGUCAGACUGGGACGGCAUCGUAGCGUGUCACCGCGGCCGCCUUGCUACUAGCACCUGGAACUAUCGCCGCUGCAGCAUGGGGGCGCACCAUCUCAAACCGCCGGGGGUGCGUGCGGACGCCAUUGCCACGGUCGUCGACAUCACUUCUUGCGGCAACUUUGCGGUGGUGGGGUCUUCGUGCGGCCGCGUCGACGUUUACAAUCUGCAGUCCGGGCUGCACCGUGGUUGCUAUGGUGACGGUCAGCAAGCUCACAGCGGCCCACUGCGUGGAGUGGCAACCGACGCGCUCAAUCAGCUGACGCUCAGUGCCGCCUCGGACAGGCUCCUCAAGUUCUGGCGCUUCAAGAGCCGCCAACUAGAAGACCAGAUGGAGCUUAUAUCACCACCGGCUUUCAUGAGGCUACACCGAGACAGCGGCAUGCUAGCGUUGGCGCUGGACGACCUGACGCUGCUUGUGGUGGACGUGGAAACCAAGCGAGCCGUGCGCAAGUUUGCUGGUCAUCGUGCCCAAACCAACGACAUGACUUUUAGCCCAGACGGUCGCUGGCUGAUCACCGGCGGCAUGGACUGUACCAUUCGCACGUGGGACAUCCCUUCCGGAAGCCUGUUAGACUGCUUCCUGGUCUGGGCGGCGCCGGUCAGCGUGUCCAUGUCCCCCACUGGAGACUUCCUGGCCACGUCGCACGUGGACAGUCUGGGCGUUUGCUUGUGGACCAACCUUAGCCUGCGUGGGCCCGUGGGUCUUCGUCCGCUCCCGGCCGACCACCAGCCAGAGGAGGAAACGCCGCCGGGAGGCGGGGUGUCAGGGGAGGAACCGGAGGAAGAACCGGUGGAGGAGCCCGAGGCGUACGCCUCGACCGAGCAGUUGGGGGCUGAGCUGGUGACGCUUUCCCAGCUCCCGGAGUCUAGGUGGAAACAUCUGAUGUGCCUUGACGCCAUCAAGAGGAGGAACAAAGCAGCGGCGCCGCCCACGAAAGGCACGGCGGCACCCUUCUUCUUGCCCACUGUGCCGGGCCUGACGCCGCGCUUCUCCGUCCCCGAAGAGGGAACACAGUCUGAGGCGUCCAUCCGACGGCCGCCAUCCCAGAGGUCAAAGUUCGCUCUCGCCCUGGAGGCGUGUCUGGACACUGGGUCGGGCGAGGGUCUCGCUGACGGGAACGACACGGCCCGGGUUCCGAUUCUACCAGCAGCGCGUUCGUUCGCCCUUCCCACGGAGCUGUUGAAGAGUCUGGGGCCGUCGGGCGUGUCCCUGGAGUUGGCCGCCCUGUCGCCCCUUGGGGGCGGAUCCCCCGAACUCUUGGUGGCGUUCAUUGCCAUGAUUGACGGAAUGCUGGCUAGCGGGCGAGAUUAUGAUCUGGCUCACGCCUACCUGGCGCUCUUUCUCAAGCUUCAUCUCCGCUCUCUGACAGAGGACACCGUCGCCAUUGAAGCGUUGCUCCGCCUCUCCACGCGGCUGGAGGCCAAGUGGGCGGAGCUCCGGGCCUCCUUCAAUCAAUCGCUCUGUUUAUUGACAUACGCCAAGAGUGCGCUUCUGUGAGAUUAAAACUGUUUGUAAUGCAAAAUUUUCCAAAUAAAGCUUUUAUGUA